AUAUAAAAGAGUUGAAGUCCUCUUAAAAGAUAUUUCAAGUCCGUCCAUAAAAUAACUUUGAAGUCCACAUUUACUGAAGUUGUCUUAACAACACUUUUGAAGUCCGAAGAAAAUUUCCCAAGUCUUUGUCUCAAUUGACAAAAAAUGUUGAAAUUUUCCAUCAAAUCUACAUAAAUUUGAGGCGUUUUCAGUUAUUUAUCCUUAAGUUCGAAAGAUUAUGGGUCAUAUUAUUGCACUUCUUCAUCAUGGAGGUCACUUUUACAAGGGUCGGUAUGUAUCGACAGUGCCCAAUGUUGUGUUUGAAAUAGAAUGUGUGCAAGGUAUAUUUGGGCAAAUUGGCGAAAAAUUUGGAAAGGUGAAGAAAAGAGGAAAGCAUUUUGGAGGUGUGCUAAAGCUAGUUAUGCGAGUCUUUGCUUAUAAAUAAUAAAGAAUAUUGGUGUAGGGCUUAUUUUAGUGAAAGAACCAAGUGUGAUGUGGUGGAAAAUAAUAUGUGUGAAACAUUUAAUUCUUGGAUUGUUGGUCCUAGACAUAAGUCUGUGAUUAGUAUGCUUGAGGAUAUUAGGCAUAUAAUAAUGGAUAGGCAUGGAGAUGUGAUCAAAUUUGCAGAUACUUGGGUCAGUGAUAUUCCACCCAUGGCAAGGCUAAUUUUAGAAGAUAAUAAAGAGAUUGAUAGGAAACUAAAGGUGAAUUGGAAUCACGAAACUGAAUUUGAGAUUCAAGAUGGAGACUAUAGACACAUAGUUGAUCUGGUUAAGAAGACAUGUACCUGCAGGUUGUGGCAAUUGAGAGGUAUACCUUGCAAACAUGUAGUUUGUGCCUUGUAUCACAUUGGGCAUGAACUGAAAAAUUAUGUGGAGCAUUGGUAUAGAAGUGAUACAUUCCUACGUGCUUAUAAGUACUUCAUACACCCUAUCUCUAACAUGAUAAUGUGGCCUGAAAGUAACAAUCCACCCAUUGAGCCACCUGAAGCUAAGUCAAUGCCGGGAAGACCUUCAAGGAAUAGAAAAAAAGCUAAAGAUGAACCAAGAAAGAAAAAUGGGGAAAAGCAUAAAAAAAUGGAGUAAAAAUGACAUGUUCCAAAUGUCAUCAGGUUGGGCAUAACAGAAGAAGCUGCAAAAUAAUACAUCCUUCACAAUCAAGAUCAAUGGGUCAGCCUAGUACUCAAAAUUCUUCAUCUCUAUGUCCUGAAACUUCAAGAGUUAAGGGAAGUAAAAAGCAGGAAUCUAGCUCUUCAACUAUGAAGGAAACAUCUUCUUCAGUUGGAAGGAAAAGAACAAGAGAUGUGGGGUUCGAUGUUUACACAGACACACAAUCUAGAAGACAAGUCCUUAAUCCCGGAAGAUCGAGUGAAAGAGUUAUUUUAAGUGGCAAGACACUAAAGGAUGCAUCACUGACAAAUAUUGAUUUGGGGUUCAAGCCACCUCGUUUGAAAUGGAAAGGAAAAAAUGCAGUGACUGGAAAUCAACUUCAACAUAUGCAACAACGUAAAAAGCUAAAAAUCAGAUCCUAAAGUUGUGUUAAAUUGGACAACUUCUUUUUGUUUUUGAUGUAUAUUUUGUGAAGUUCUUUUGUGAAUGCUAAUUUAAAGUCCAACAGUGGUAAUGGCAUGUAGAUAUGUCAAACAAUUAAAAUGUUGGUUAUUUUGAUGGAGGCAAACAAAUUUUUUGGUUGGCUGGCCUUUUAGCUAAUUAAAGUGAUGACUUUUUAUUGUUCA